AUGAAGAAGAAGAAGAAGAAGAAGAAGAAGAAGAAGGAUACCUUUUCUAGCCCCUCUCCCUCGCAGGGGUGAGCAGUGCCACCCUAAAUAGAGCUGCUAAGUCGUCGCAGGCGGAUGCCGAACUUCACUAUGGGCCAAGUCUUUGGUGUAUUGGAAGAACGACUCGAGUUAGCCUCGGACAGCCUACGGCAUCGUCGCAAGCUCGUGGCCUCCUGCAGUGCUCCAGACGGAGCCUUGUCUCGACGAUGCCGAUGCGAAGUUCCAUCUGACCAACAGAUUCCCCAUUGUUCAAUAAAAAUAACAAGACCAUGUGCGCGACCGCCAUGGGUCAAUCCGACGACAAAAAAGACCAUGAAGAAGAAACCGUUGCUUUUUAUAUCGAAGAAGUAAGACGCGUCCUCAUUCAAAUUAAACCAGAUAAGUCUCCUGGACCCGACGGAAUUCCCGGCCUUAUACUUAAGAAGCUAUCAACGGAGAUGUCAAAGCCUCUUUCGACUCUCUUUCAGUUGUCAAUGAGGACAGGAAGGCUGCCAUUACAGUGGAAGACAGCUAACCUCAUUCCCUUACAUAAGGGAGGUAGCAGGAUUACAGCAAGCAGCUUCAGGUCUGUUAGCUUAACUUGCUUCCCAUGCAAAACGAUGGAAAUUCUAGUAAAGAGCUAUGUACAGCAAUUUUAUGAAGAAAAUAACAUCUUGUAGGAUUUUUAACAUGGCUUCCGGAGAGGACGUUCUGCCUCUCAAAUCUGCUAGCUUGUCUGGAGAUCUGAACCAGGGCUCUAGAAGAGGGUUUCGAGAUCGAUGUCGUGUACAUCGAUUUUCGCAAAGCUUUCGAUACUGUUCCGCACCAAUGCCUUCUUCACAAAUUGAACGCCAUUAGCAUCCGGGGGAUCUUCUGAACUGGAUUAGGACGUUUCUGGUUGGUUGGAAACAACGUGUCUGUAUCGGGGAUGAUAUGUCAGAAUGGGUGAGUGUGACCAAUGGUGUGCCUCAAGGCUCAGUUCUGGGACCAUUGCUCUUCAUCCUUUAUGUUAAUGACAGCCUUCAGGAAAACGAUUUCAGUAAAAUGAUGUUUGCCGACGACUUUAAGCCCUGACAAGUCAUUAGGGGCUCAAAGGACCAGAAAUCCCUUCAAAAUAAUCUGCAUCGACUGCAAGCGUGGUCGGAGAAAUAGCUCUUAGAUGUCAAUGUGGAGAAGUGUGCCGUCCUUCAUCUGCGCCCAACCAACUCUCAUUCAAAUGAGAGCCUGAGGCCAUAUCACCUGAAAUAUAUAAUGCUUCCCGCAGAAUCUUCACAGAAGAAUAUCGGGGUAUGGAUACAGAACAACCUGAAACCAACACUGCAUUACCACAAGGCUUCAAAAAACGCCAUGGGAGUGCUCCAUGCAAUCAAAGGGGCGUUCGUAACCUUUGACUAAAUUCUUUUUGGGAAAGUUUACGGUAUCUUUGUUCGGCCCCACUUAGAAUAUGGCCUACAAGUAUGGCGGCCAUGGCUAGUAAAGGACCAAGCAUGCCUCGAACGGGUACAACGCCGCGCAACAAACCUGGUAAACGAUCUAAAAAGCCAAUCCUACACAGACAGACUGAAUUGCCUUAAUUUAUUCCCUCUGUGUUACAGGCAGCAAAGAGGUGAUCUUAUCCUCGUCUACAAGAUAAUAUAUGGCCUUGAGCAUGGACUUAACUUUGAGGACAUGUUUCAGUGGCACCUUUCACCCAAUCUUCGUGGUCACUCGAUGAAGUUGCGGACAACAAUGCCCAGGCUGAAUCUUCGUUCUGAAUUCUUCACGCAGAGGGUAGUGGAGAAAUGGAACGAUUUCCCUCAGUCAGUCGUGGAGGCUACGCCUCUGCAACUCUUCAAGAAACGCUUGGGUGAUUAUUUGUUUCCCCGUUUUCCCUCAACAGUCUGA